AUGUUAUUGGACAAUGAUAUUGUGCAGGGUAAAAUCAUCAAGUUGGUGUAUCUGAUGGGAAUGUUGUUGUAAUUGAAAGAUAAAACAGCAAUAAAAAUAACAUCAGUGUUGAAUUAGAUAAGAUGAAGACAGUCAAAUUUUAAUAUGGCCCAGCAAUAGGUUAGCUUACUUAUGCUGUGUUUUAGAGGUUGGUUGAGAGGAAUAAAAUACGCAUUUGAAGCUAUGCAAUUCAUAACCAUGACAAAAGGAUUGUAUACCCCAAGAGUAGUGCAUCAAAUAAUUUAUGGACAGUUUGUCAACCACAAAGGUGGAGCAGGAAACAACUAUGCCAAAGACCUGAAAAUGGAGGACAUUGUGAGGAACAACAAAGAUAGUUCGAAUGAAUUAUGUGCAAACAAAACUUUAAAAGUGGUACAAAGAAGUUUGUCAGCAGAAUCCACAGCUCAUAUGCAUGCAGACAAGUAG